AUGUCAUCAUCGGCCAAAGAGGAUUGGCUGGCUCAAACUCCAGAAUCGAAACAUUCUCUUGCCCCCGCACCGGAAGGCAAUUUGCCUGAAAAUAAUCCAUCCAAAGAUGCAAAUGAGAACGAAGAUGGGGAAGUUGAGGAGUCUAUCGAUGUCCACUUUGAACCUGUUGUGAAGUUGGAAAUCAUCGAAACCAAAUCCCUUGAAGAGGAAGAGACCGUUUUAUACAAAUCCCGCGCAAAGCUGUUCAGAUAUGACAAGCCAACCUCCCAGUGGAAGGAACGAGGAACCGGCGAUGUUAAGCUCCUACAGCAUUCAUCAACUGGAAAAAUAAGAGUCUUGAUGCGAAGAGAUCAAACGCUAAAAAUAUGUGCUAAUCAUUAUAUAUUGCCCCAAAUGAAGCUAGUCCCCAAUGUUGGAUCGGAUAGGUCAUGGGUUUGGAGCACCCCUGCCGACGUCUCCGACGGCGAGCCAAAUGCAGAGCUCCUUGCAAUUAGAUUUGGAACGCCUGAAAUUGCUCAAACAUUUAAGAUCAAAUUCGAAGAGGCUCAGCAGCUAAAUACAACGACAGGCUCUUUAGAAAAAAUCGAAUCAAACAAUGGAAAGGACAAAAAUCCUGCCAAUGAAAAAGAGUCGACAUCCGCCGACGAUGCAAAGCCUAAAGAGGAAUAA